UCCCCUGGACAAAGUCAAUCAUAAACCUUGGCAGAAUAGAGUUAUAUUAGAAAAAAUGAUAUACUAAUUAAUAUCUUCAUAAUGAAGAGUGAGAAUGAGGCUUAAGUCCUGAGGUGUUUUUCUUUGACAAACUUAACUAAAGGUCUGCUUACUAGCAUUUUUCAGAGGUUUCAGCAGCUUCUCGUUGUCUUCUUUAGUGGCUUCUAGACUUAUGUGAAACUGCAGUUUCCAACAUCAAGGAUGAACUUUGUGCUCAAUGAAACUUUAUUUACUUGAAGUGUCAGUCAGGUUUUAUUUUUAUUUAAACUGGGUCACUUAUUAGGGGAUGCUCUUAAUUUAUUUUGCCUUAUUAAUUACUUUUUUCCCUCUUAUUUACUGUCUUUGGGGGGAGUGGGCUGCCUUCCUGGUCCUGAUGCCACCUGUACUCAGGUGUGGAUGCACUGUGUGGUUCUGUGUUGAAAACAGCCCUAACCGGAGGAAAUGGUGAUAGUUUUCUCUGCGGUCACAGAGCUGGGUAUCAUCAGGUUGAAGGUGUUGUGUUGCUGGGGAAGACUGGAGUCCUGCCUCACCCUGAGCACCAAACUCACAGACAGCCCAUCAGAAAAAUCCCUACACGCGUCGCUAGGCAGAUCUGCGCCUCGCUGGCCAAUCAGAUCACUCGAGUCGGGAACGGGCACAGGCAGCGGAGAUAGACCGAGUGACAGCGUCUGAGUCCCGGGGAAGAGCAUCACGGAGGCUCCGUGAAAAACACCCUGACACACAGUCAAGAUGCCGAACAAAACCAAGAAGGAAAAGGAAACGACCAAAUCUGCCAAAAGCAGCACGAAGAACAGCAACAGCAGCGGCGGGAAAGAUGCCGCCACAGAGAACUCAGACGAGUCCCAGCAGCAGCAGAGUGGCAGUAAGCGUCCCAGUAACAGCACCCCCCCUCCCACUCAGCUCAACAAGAUCAAAUACUCCGGAGGUCCUCAGCUGGUGAAGAAGGAGCGGCGCCAGAGCUCGUCCCGCUUCAGCCUGACCAAGAACAGGGAGCUGCAGAAGCUGCCUGCGCUCAAAGAUGCCCCUCCGGUGGACCGCGAGGAGCUGUUUGUGCAGAAGCUGCGUCAGUGCUGCGUGCUGUUCGACUUCGUCAGCGACCCACUCAGCGACCUCAAGUACAAGGAGGUGAAGAGGGCGGGGCUCAACGAGAUGGUCGAGUACAUCACACACAACAGUGACGUGGUGACCGAGUCCAUCUACCCCGAGGCCGUCAUCAUGUUUUCAGUGAACUUGUUUCGGACUCUUCCUCCGUCCUCCAACCCGACCGGAGCCGAGUUUGAUCCUGAGGAGGACGAACCGACGCUGGAGGCCGCCUGGCCUCACCUGCAGCUGGUGUACGAGUUCUUCCUUCGCUUCCUGGAGUCUCCAGACUUCCAGCCAAACAUCGCAAAAAAAUAUAUCGACCAAAAGUUUGUACUGUCGCUGCUGGAGCUGUUCGACAGCGAGGACCCCAGAGAGAGAGACUUCCUCAAGACCAUCCUGCACCGGAUCUACGGCAAGUUCCUCGGCCUCCGAGCCUACAUCCGCCGCCAGAUCAACAACAUCUUCUACAGAUUUAUCUACGAGACAGAACAUCAUAACGGCAUUGCUGAGCUGCUGGAGAUACUGGGGAGUAUAAUCAACGGCUUCGCUUUACCACUGAAAGAAGAACACAAGAUGUUUCUGAUCCGAGUUCUUCUGCCGCUCCACAAAGUCAAGUCUCUGAGCGUCUACCACCCACAGCUGGCGUACUGCGUGGUGCAGUUCCUGGAGAAGGACAGCAGUCUGACGGAGCCGGUGAUCAUGGGUCUGCUGAAGUUCUGGCCGAAAACUCACAGUCCGAAGGAGGUGAUGUUCCUGAACGAGCUGGAGGAGAUCCUGGACGUCAUCGAGCCGUCGGAGUUCGUCAAAGUCCAGGAGCCGCUCUUCAGACAGCUCGCCAAGUGUGUCUCCAGCCCACACUUCCAGGUGGCAGAGAGAGCUCUUUAUUACUGGAACAACGAAUACAUCAUGAGUCUGAUCAGUGAUAAUGCCGCCAAGAUCCUCCCCAUCAUGUUUCCCGCCCUCUACAAGAACUCCAAGAGCCACUGGAACAAGACGAUCCACGGUCUGAUCUACAACGCUCUGAAGCUCUUCAUGGAGAUGAACCAGAAACUGUUUGAUGACUGCACACAGCAGUACAAGGCUGAGAAGCAGAAAGAGAAAUACAAACUGAAGGAGAGAGAGGAGAUCUGGCACAAGAUAGAGGAGCUGGCAAGACAGAACCCACAGAGUAAUAAGCUCCACCCUCUUCGCCCUGGACUCCACCCACAGGAUGAGUACAUGUUGUACAGUGACAGCUCUGUGGCCGUGUACUCGAUGGAAACAGAGACUCCGACAGCUGAAGACAUUCAGCUGCUGAAGAAGACUGUGGAGACUGAGGCUUCACAGGGUCUGAAGGACCUGAAGAAGGACAAGGUCCUGAUGAGGAGGAAGUCGGAGCUGCCGCAGGACGUCUACACCAUCAAAGCUCUGGAGGCUCACAAGAGAGCCGAGGAGUACCUGACAGCCAAUCAGGAGGCUCUCUGACCGGGGGGAGCCGCCCCUUCUGAACCCCCCCCCUCCUGUGCGUCUCUCUAGGGAGGAAGUUCAAGCUGUCGUGGAGAAACUGGUCAGGGGUCGGCUCAGGGCGGAGCUGACGCUGCGUUCAAAGAAAAAAAGAAAAAAGAGAAGCCUCUCAUCUCUGCCCCCGUUGGCCGACAACAAGUAGGACACUCUGUAGAAGCUCGUCCGUCCACAUGGUGUUUGACGUGUCAGCGGUCCCGUGUGAUGAUGUCAUCAGCUUCCUGUUGCACCUUCAUCUCCGCUUCACACACCUGCUGCUGUUUGUUGAAACUGUGCCACGCUGUUAACGAGCGGUAGACCUGAACGCAUCAGGUCCCCGAAUGCAUCACCAACAGGCCUUUUCCACAGCGGGAACGAGACCGCCUGGAGCUUCAGGUUCCGGUUCUGGCAAGUUAAGACAAGUCUACAUUUAAAGACACGUCUCCUCAGUGACAGUCUCCGUCCAGACUAAACCGUUCCAAACCAGACUAGUCCAGUCCAACCUUUUCAAUCCAGACCAGACCAACCAGUCCAAACCAUUUCAAUCCAGACCAGACCAGUCUCCAGAUAAAAGAGAAUCAGUUGCAUUUAUCACAAUGGAAACACAAAGCAGAACCAAGAACCUGAACCUCACCGGUUCUCCAGGUUCUCCUGGUUCUCCAGGUGACGUGAGGCUCCAGGUUGAAGCUCGUUAAAAAGUUCCUGAAGUUGAAAACCGCUCCAACACUUCACUUCUGUCCCGCGACACCUGAACGCAGCACAGAUGAGUUCACUGACUCUCUCAGUUCUCCGACAGCAGCUUCACUCCAGAGCCCCGCCCCCUUCCACCUGACCCGACCAAUCACCUGUCAGCCUGUAUCUGAGGGGGACUCCAGACUGAAGCAGCUUUAGACAGACGAUGAUGAAGAUGAAGAUGAUGAUGAUGAUGAUGAUGACGAUGACGACGACGACGAGACACAGUGAAUGUAGACGUCCAAUCAGCAUCCUGUAAAUCCAGAGGAACCUGAAAAGUUUGAUUCCAACAUGAUUUUGUUUUGAUGUUUCUGGUUUGUUUGUUUUAUUUUGAAGUGGGCGUGACCGUGACGCCUCGUCAGCGAGUUUCAACCAAUGAGAGACGGCGUUUGCACGAGGACUCGUUUCCUUUCCGCACCGGUUCAGUGUUGUUUCAUCCCUCGUCCACUCAGAGCACUUAACGAGAAAAACCUGGUCUGAAUGUUUCAUUAGACAUGUAGCCGUCACUCGUCAGGUCAGAGGUCAAACAUAGACUCCUCCUCCACCAGAGACACAUUCAGGGGUUAUAGGAAAUUAUGCAACUGAAGAAGAAGCUCAGAUGUGAGCUGCUCCGGGUGUUUCCGUGUGAAUCCUCACAUCAGUGUUUGUUGAAGAAACCGUCAAAUAAAUUGAUUCCAUUUAUGAAUCCACAUUGACAACCUCAUGCCCCUCCCCCACGGGUUUGUUGUUACAGUCCGAGACCUUUGUCCUGAUGUUUCUCUCUCUGAGCCGCGUCGAUCUACGAUACAAUUAAAUCUGUAAAUGAAGGUCAAAUUUAAAUCAGACCGAACAAAACCGAGUCGCUGCAACACGACAAACAAACAAACAGACAAAGAAACAGACAAAGAAACAAAUAAACAAAGACACAUUCCCGCUGUAUCUCUGCUGUUUACCUCACGACAGAAGAUAAAGUAAUUGCUGACAUCUGUCUGAAGAGUUUUGUGUUGAACGUCUUGAAAAUCGUUUAAUUCAGCUCCGUCAACUAAAGACCGAAAGUAGGUCUUAGGCUCCGCCCACACCGCUACGUUUUCAUUUCAAAACUCACUUCUGCUACGUUUCCUUCUCCCAUCCACACGACUCUGGAAACUCUGCUGGACCAGUUUUAUUUUGAAAACUCUGGGGUGGUGUUUUAUUUUGAAAACUCUGGGGUGGUGUUGUAUUUUGAAAACUCUGGGGUUGUGUUUUAUUCUGAAACUAUGGGGAUGUGUUUUAUUUUGAAAACUCUGGGGUUGUGUUGUAGUCUGGACAGAAAGUGAGACCUUUGUAAACGAUGAGGUCACACCCACGCUCUCUCCUGAUUGGCUGUCAUCAGCCUGGACUACCAGUGGUGAAUACAACAUGAUGAUGAAUGACAGUGUUACUGACCUUGUUGUCUUUGCAGCUGCUGUUCACUUACAUUCUCUGUUUUAAUGCUACAGCUGUCUUUGCUGGAGACAAUCUACUUCCUGUUUACAGCGGCUCGCACAUGCUCAGUGUAGGUGGAUAGUCGUGUUUUCAGGUGUGUUAGUCUGGACAGAGAUCAUUUUAAAAUGAAAACGUAGCGGUCUGGACGCAGCUUUAUACCCGUCAGACAUUCCAGCUCCGUCUUCUUCGGUGUCUUGACGGUUCACACUGUAAAUGUACACCACACCUGUUUCCUGUCCGUCCUGAGAAGAGGUCCCUCCUCUGCUGCGCAGGUUGUUAAAUGAUGAGUUCAAUUACUCUGUUGAUAAUGUUUCAUCUCUGGUCGUGGAGUCGUUGUGUUCAGUUUAAAGUGAAGCUGCUGACAGUUUAGCUCCGCCCACACCUUCACUGAAACACCUAAGGUGACGUAGAGCUGUUCGUCUUCUGAACCAGACCUGAUGAAAAUUUAUCAUGAUUUAAGCAUUUAAACAUUCACAGGCCUAAUAAUCACAGGAAGUCAUAGGAAAUUCUGAUUUAAACAAACACAAGUCUGAGAUUUCAUCCCGCCAAAAUAAAAGUAGAAGAAAAACACGAGCUGAUAAACAUGAUUGUUUUUAGAGUUGGGUUCAGUAUCGAGUCUCUCAGAGCUAAAGAGAAGAGUGAAUGUUUUUAAUGGUGAAUUUUUUAACUUAAAUCAGACGUUACUGAUGAAUGUACGUGAAGGUUUAGAGCUGCACUUUGAAAGACUCAGAUUCCCAUGAUCCUCUGCUGUCAGUUCUGUUUACAAAACGUCCGGUCUGUAUUUCAGCUGCAAGUGUUAAACGCUGCGUCGCUUUUUAUAAAAGAGAAACUACAGAGAAGAAGAGACUCAAGUCACAUUUCAUUUUGCUUCCGGCUCCGAGUUAAAGUGACUCAUCUUGUGGCGGGAAACGUGUUAACGUGCUGCGACAUUUUAAAACGCAAACAGUUCGUGUCACAGAUUCAGCUUCUUCAUUAACUGGAAAAAUGCAGCUAAAUGUCGUUAAAGUGAAUUUUUACUGAUUAAAUUGUCACUAACCUUCAGUUUAUUUCUGAUUAAUAACAAUAUUUGGCGUUUACGUUUAUUUUCCCGGAGUGCUGAACAUGAGAAAGGCAUCAUGGGAGUUAUCUGACAUUUCACGUGACUAAAUCGACUCUGACGAGCUUCAAGACGACAAACAAACUACAAACUUUUGUUUUGAUAAAAUUCAGUCUGAUGUCUCGUCGCCACCGUGUCCUGAACACAUUUCUGUGACAUGAACAGAUCGCCAGUUCACGUGGCAAUGAGCUGGUUAAUCAAUAAUAUUAAUGAUAUAAAUUCAAUAAAUCAGAAGCUCAAUCGGCCUCGACUUUCAUCUUCUGUUCCGCUUUGUAUCAACUGAAGCUUUGAUUCCUGUUUCCUGUCUGACCUCGCCGCGUUUCUGUUCUCGAGGCGCCUCAGCAAUAUUCUUUAUGUUCUGUAAAAAAAAAAAAAAAAAGGAAGUAAGAACGGCGGCUCGUGCACGGUGGCUUGUGCACGGCGGCUUGUGCACGGUGGCUUGUGCACGGCGGCUCGUGCACGGCGGCGCUGCGACUAAGUGCGCUCAAACAAUCCUGUCGAAGUGGUGGAGAGGUGACGGUUCUGCCUGCAGUUAUUGUUGUACUGUAUAUUCUCAUGUAUAUUGACUCAUGGCCACACCUCCUCCCUCAGGCCACGCCCCCUGCUCUAUGAUUGUUUAUUUUUAUUGUUACACUCUCAUCAGCUGUUUUCUUUUUUUCAUACUUUCAUACUGUCCUUAAGAGAUCGGCUGUCAAUCAAAAUCAGUGACCAUUCCAGGUGGUGAAACAGCCCCGCCCCUCUUUCUCUCCCUCGCCGCUGGACAAAAUGGCCGCCACAGCUCUCGAGUUAGAAGAGGCUAACUUUACGUUUUACAACCUGAGAACAGACAGAAGUGAAACAGAAGCUGAGUGAUGAUGAUCAGCUGAUCAGCAGCUGUUUGUUUACACUCUUCGUCCAGCAGGGGGCAGAUCAGGUGUCGUUACCUGGUGACACCAGAACGUCAGCUGACACUCAGCUGAUAUUUACUUUUAACACUGUUUCCUGUGUUAGAGAAACAAACCACGGCCUCCAUGUCUAUUUUUUGUUAUUCCACGCCGGCGACAGUCUCAGAGCGGCCAUUUUGUUUUGAGGUGGUCUGUCUGUCCGUCUCAUUCUCAUGGACACGACGUCUCAGAAACACCUUGAAGGAACUUCUUCACAUUUGGCACAAACAUUCACCUGGACUCAAGGAUGAACUGAUUAGAUUUUGGUGGCUAAAGGUUUAAAGGUCAAAGGUCACAGUGUCCUCACAAAAAACUUUCUGUCACGCACACGUUUCAUAUUUUCUACGACACUGGAUAAAGAGGAUGUAACCUGGAACGAGUCUGAGUGGCGGAGGGAUACGACCACGAGGAGGUGACUCUAGUUUACUCUCAGCUCUGAUCUGCCCCCUGCUGGACAAAUCCUUAAACGGCACACAGUACAUAAACAAACAGGAAGUGCUGCUCACCUUAAAGUAGAAUCCACCAAACCUCAUGAACCUUUAAAGACACGGUUUCUGAUUUGUUACAGGGAGCAGUAACUCCUCCCCUCCCCCUCCACAAAUCAAACUUGUGGAUCUGGGCGGAGCUGAAACCGAAGCUUCAUUAUCUCGAGAAAACGGGAUAAAAAAAUAUUUGCGAGUACGAUCUUUCUCGGCUUCCGUAGAAACUAAAUAAAGAGGGACGCAGAGUUUUUUUUGGUCCAGCGGCGAAAGAUGAAACAUAAAAUAACGUGAUGGCGAUCUCUCUCUCUCUCUCGCUCUCGUCUCAAGUCCCGACACUUAAACUGAACCUUGCUGCUUCCUGUCAUCCUGUACAUACGUUGUACUUUAAUUAGUUAGAAGCAUUACAUAGUAUGAAAGUCUGAUUUUGUACAGAUGUUCAUGUAUGUACAGAAGAAAAUAAAAGAAAUAAAGUGGA